UCAUAGUAUCGCUUACAUUGGUCACACUGGCUGCAUUUAAUAUAAACAGAAAAACUAAAAUGCUACCUGGCGUUGGCGUAUUUGGAACAGGUGAAAUAGCCAAUGUGCUGGUGCCGCUGCUGCGCGAGAAGAGUUUUGAAGUUAAAGCGAUAUGGGGACGCACGCUGCGGGAGGCGAAGGAAACGGCCAACGCACUGGGCGUCACAUUCUACACAAACGUCAUUGACGAGGUGCUCCUACGCAAAGAUGUCGAUCUGGUGUUCAUUGUGUGCCAGCCGUUUCUGCACGCCGAGAUCUCGGUCAAGGCGCUGGGCAUUGGCAAGCAUGUGGUGUGCGACAAACCAGCCGGCCUGCAUCAGAUGGACUCCAUGAAAAUGGUGCGUGCCUCGCAAUACUAUCCCACGCUUAUCUCACUGGUGAAUCAUCCGCUGAGGUUUCUGCCCGCUUUCACACAAAUGCGACGUUGCCUGCAGGAUGAGCUAAUCGGACCGAUGGGCGACGUUGUUCUAAUGGAUGUGCGUGUCCAAAUGGGCACACUGUUUCCCGAGAAGUACAAUUGGAUGUGCGACGCACAGAUGGGCGGCGGCGCACUCAAUCUGGUGGGCAGUGUUGUCGAUCUGGUGAACUUUCUGCUCCAGCAGCAGGCGGUGCGUGUCCAUGGCGUACUGCGCGCCCAUACGAAAACGACAGCGGCCAUCAAUGGUAUACGCCAGAUAACGGCACCGGAUUUCUGCAAUUUCCAAAUGGAGCUGGCGAGUGGAACGCUCGUCACGGUGGCCUUGCACAGUCACACGGUGCCCACAAGAACCUUCUCGCAAGAGGUGCUCGUCUAUGGCAGCAAAGGUCAUCUGGUUGUGCGGGGCGGCGACCUCUUCGUGCUGAAGGAGUCCCAGCAGAAGGAAGAGGCAGUCUACGUGGAUGUCCAGGAUCUGCAUUUCAACACAAAUAACUCGCUGCUGCCACGUACCUACAUCAAGGGCAUGUGCAAAAUGGUCGGCGCUCUCAAGGAAGCCUUCAACAGCAAAGAGUCCAGCUGGAUAAAGGCGCCCGUCUCCACCGCAGCCACCUUUGAGGAUGGCCUCUACGUCCAUGCCGUGGUGGAGGCCAUACGAAAGUCGAACGAAACACGCCAAUGGCAGCGGGUCCAACUGAGCACAGAUGCACCACUCAACCACGACCAGAUCAUUCGCUACGGAUAUGCGCGAAUGUCUACCAUGUGAAUAUACUGCGAAUAUUUAUAUAAGUUAAAUAUUUAUUUAUUGUAUUGGCAUUUAUAUUUUGCAUUAAAAAAAUAUAUACUGUUAAGCUUGUAAGAUAAAUAUAAAUUGAAAGUUACUAAUACACACGUUUGUUGCUCUUCAAGUGUGCUGGGCCAAGAUUGUACUUACAUAUAUUGAUUAUAUGGUAAUCGGUCGAAACUCAGGACAAACAUAGACUGCUGAAGAAGGCAUUAAAAACGAAUACAAACAUUGCUAUUUUUUUACAAAUUU